CUGUCGAAAGUGACGCCAACGUGUCUCCGUUUUAUCCGCGGUGCGCUGUGAAUCCCUACAUAGCAGUAACUGUUAAGUAACACAUAUGUGUGCAAAAGAGGAAAAAAACAAUGUCUAAUAUUACUUCACCGAAGAGUGCAAAUGGAAAAAGGCUAAACGCUUGUUCAAGAAGAGAACUGCUCUCCUACAGCACGCCAUAAAUAAGGAUACUUUGCUGUGGUCACCGCUGGAGACCCAUUGUUGUUAAUGUGUAAUUAGUUAAUUUGUGUUGAUUUAGCACUAGGCGCCACUGUGUUUCAGAUUACGGAAGCGCUUUCGGGCGGAAAAGCUGACGCCUGUGUGUCCAAACGUCAACACAGCACAUCACUCGGUCAGUCCAGUGGGUGGAGGGCGUUUAUUGCGAGAGGAAAAAAAUCAAUCACUGGGCGUUGUAUUGCAUAAAGUGUGGCCCAAGUGUGGGUGGUGAAAGCAGCCGACUUGACGUGAAAUCAGUGUCGUGACCAAUUUUCAUACCAAAACCACGCAGGAAAAUAUAAUUUUAACAGCUGUGCUACCGCAGUGCGAUUCCACAAACAAAUGAGCGGAGUGGAGUUUUAGCGGCUUGGUGAAAGGUGAAAUUGCACGAGCAAGAGAAUAAUCGCAGCAGAUAUAAAAUCCGCGAUAAUCGGUAAACGUGUGAUAUAGGAGAAUAAGCUUUGCAGCGGUAAAGCUCGUGGAAAAUCCGCAAAAUAUAGCCUCAAGUGUUACAGCUUUACUCGCAGAGUAUAAUAGCGGUGUAUUCGUGUUGUUAAUUGACUGCAUUUACUGAAUUGUAUUGUUUUGAGUGUGUAUGAGUAUGUUUACCGGCUUUGUGAUGCCUUUCACGGGAAAACUCCAUACAAACAGAGUUUACAGCGCAUUAUCAAAGGAUUAGCAAACUAUUAUUACACGUGAAAGUCGAUCAGAGGAUUAAAAACAGGUCGCACAUUUUCGCCAUUCUCGCAAUAAACGGAGAACCGAGCCGAGAGGACUUAUUGGCCCUCGAGGGCGGAAGCUGUCCAACUGUCGAAUACGUCAACAAAAGACAAGCACCGAAAUCGUUCGAAACAGACUCGAAUGUCCAGACCAUCGCACUCGCUGGCUCCGUACAAACAGCGAGCUCUGGAGGAAGACCGGUGAUUAAAAAAUGCUAUGACCGAACCGCGACGGCUUCAGUCUGAUGAGCACCUUGGAUUUGCAUUUUCCGCUGCCAUUCUAUCCCAGACCCCAUAAGCGGUCUCCGGCUUUGCGACGCAGCAGGAGGUCUUCGUUAUCGCUAGGACGAUAGGCGAGCAGCAGCAGCAGUGAAAAAGCGGCGGGUCUCGGCUUGACAUUUGUAGUGCCAACAGCAUACAAUCGUCAUCAUCAGCGCCGCUCUACCAUAUCCUUCUAGUCUUUGAUGAGCGACCCUGUUUCUGAGCUGUGUUUCUCGGAAGCCGCUGAAAGGAUCGGCGGUAACACGGAGCGAAAUCUAACGAAGUCAAAGAUUAUGACUCGGUCAUGAUUUUCAUACUUGUUUUUUGUCUGACGCUGAUGAAGAUCUGAUGCUAUAGCCACCGCAGUCAGAAGGACAACGUGCCGGAUAAAAGUGCAAGCACUGGAAUUGAGUGCAGAUAGUGUCACCUUCUAGCACCGUCCUGCAGACUUUGAGAUUGUGACCGUGUCCCCCGGAUUGUGUUUGUUGAGAUGCGGAACGAAAAUGAAAGACAAAUAUGUUUUCACGCUUGACGGAUAGGGACGGACGGUUAGCAGUGCGGCUGUGGACUGUGAAAACAAAUUAAAAAGCUGGUUUCUACCGACACAGGUUUUUCGGUGCUACACACACCUGUCCGUGGCGGUGAGAAAAUUUAUACAUUAGUGUUUUAUUUCAAAAUCCUGAAACGGGUGUGAAAGCUGGCCACUUCAACGAAAAAAAAAAAACAAUAAAUAUGGAAAUUCGACUAACCGAUUCGGUGCUCGUGCAAGGGAGAAAACAGCGAAAACAAUCACAAUAGCGCGACUUGUUUCCAAAGUUGGCCCACACUCGGUAGACGGGAUGUGACUUGGACUGCCGGACAGACCGACUUCUACCCACGCAGUCUAGUGCUAAUGCUAAAAUUUCAAUCUCCUGCCCGGGAGUGAAUACCAACAGACAGACAAAACAGAGAAAAAAACUUCGAUAUUAGCUUCUUUAAGUGCAACCAGAGUGAAAAGUUCAACUUGAAGAUUAAAUUCUCCGGUUGGUGUUCUUCGAGAAGUGGAGAGCGAAAUAAAUGAUAUUUGGGGUGCGUGGUUCAGAAUAGAUGUGAAACAAAAAGAGAUAAUUUCCAAUUUGAGUGGAGCGCCGGGAAUAAGUGUUUUGGAAAAACCUUGACAUUAGUUUGAAACAUGAAAAUUUCAACAAGUCAGCAGGCAAUCGAACUAAAAGAUGACAGUUGCUAGUGCAAAGAAGCGAACUAAAGAUUUGGAAAAAAUGUGGCUUAAUGUGGUGAUAUUGGGCGCACUUUUCAACAUGAUGCGACUGAUUACCGGUGCGGAUGGCUGUCCAUCGGAGGUGUGCGUGUGUAAGUGGAAGGGUGGUAAGCAGACGGUGGAAUGCGGUGGACAAGGUCUUAACAGGAUACCAGAAGGAAUGGAUCCCGGUACGCAGGUGUUAAACUUCACUGGCAACGGGUUAACAAUUUUGCAGAGUGAACGCUUGAAGCGAAUGGAUCUCAUCAAUCUGCAAAAGAUCUAUAUGGCAAGGAAUCAAUUGAUCAAGAUUCACGAUCGGGCCUUCAAAGGGCUUACCAAUUUGGUGGAGCUUGACCUAUCGGAGAAUAUGCUACCGGUUGUGCCGACAGAAACCUUUGCUGACUAUCCGGCUCUGAUGCGACUGUCUCUUAGCGGAAAUCCCAUUCGAGCGUUGCGAACGAACGCAUUCAAGCAUCUAUCCUUUCUCACCACUCUGGAGCUCAGCAACUGUCAGAUCGAGCUGGUGGAAGACGAGGCAUUCAUCGGUAUGGAUAAUCUCGAGUGGCUUCGACUGGAUGGUAACCGGAUCACCAAUAUUCAGGGGAACCAUGUCCUGCCGGAGUCUCUACACGGAAUCAACUUACAAGCGAACCGGUGGCAGUGUGACUGCCGCCUGCUGGAUAUUCAUACGUGGUUGAACAGUUUUAACGUUCCCCAGCGGGAGGAACCGAAAUGUUCCGGUCCGGUUCGGCUGGCAGGACAUGUUAUACGAAACAUUCAGCAGGAAGACUUGGCUUGUUUGCCAGUAAUAACGCCAGACGCACUGUACAGGGAAAUUGCUGAAGGUCGAAACAUGACGCUCACUUGCAAAAUAUCUGCCAUCCCGGAGGCGUCCGUGUCUUGGUGGUUUCAAGGACAGAUGCUGCAAAACGAUAGUUUACUAGCUCCCAACUUGCAUCUUUAUCACUACAAUGACGAAGCAGGAGGCGAAGAAAAACGCAGCGAGUUGCUUAUUUUCAACACCAGUCCGGAUGACAAUGGAACAUUUUCAUGCGUCGCAGAAAACUCAGCAGGACGAGUGCAGGCGAACUACACGCUGCAUGUCAUCGUAAAGGAAGAGCCAGUAGUGGAGGAGGUUACCUUCUCGCAGGAGUACUUUUUAAUCAUCGUCGGCGUUAGUGCUGCCACAGGGUUUCUACUGUUUCUUACUGUCUGCCUAAUAAUCUGUAGAUGUAGUCGACGCGGCGGGAGGAGAAACACGGGCAAGAAAGCUCGGGGAAAAUCCAAUUCCGAAACGCAGUCAAGUAGUCAAAAGUGUUCAUCGAUCACAAACGACAUCGGUGAGCCGUUAACGUGCUCGAAGAUAAACGGAUCGGUUGCAUUGAACGAGAGUAACCCGCAGGAUGUGGUGCUAUACUUAAACACCGCCAAUAACCUCGAUAAGGCUGGACUGAGCAACCUAGCACUGGGAGGUUCUGUGCAAUUCUGCAGUCCACCGUCGACGCGCAGUUACCAGGAGCAGAACCCCGAUUUGAUUAACGAUGCGGAGAGUGGAAACAAAACGAGAGGUCGUUUGGAAAUGUUGGAGUCUGACUUGAGUGAGAAAGAUGCGGACGAUCACAACAGUCUCCAGGACGCCAGCAGUGAAGCCAGUUAUCAGCAAACUUACUUCCAACCAUCGAUGGGUAUUCGACCGGUGGUUCCGCGGUUUUCUGCCUUAUCAACACUGCCCAGAGGACUCAACAAAGACAUGUACCAGCACCAAGUGGACAUCCACCUUAGCCCGGGAUGCUUCCUCGAUCAAAACGGGUUUCCUAUCGAGUUGAACCUGAUGGGACAAGGAGAACCAACGGUUAACUAUUAUCGAACUUUACCGCACAACCGAGGUCAGAAGGGGCAACCUAAGGUUCGCUACUCGAACGACGCUGAGUUCAUCACGCGAACAUCGCAAACCUAUCAGCUUUACGGUGGUAUUCCAGCGGACAUUCGAUACACUGCCGAAGGAUAUCCGCAGCAGGCUGGCGGAGAAUCCACUAGCGCAAGUCAAUUCCCUUCUCCCCCGGAAGGAUACAAACCUGAACCGGGAGGCGUUAAGCAGCUAACUUACAUUAACGCCCCGGCGGCCAUCUGUGUCGGAUCAACACCUCCCCAGCAGUGGCCAGCGUUUCUGCCUGGCUAUCACCCUGCGCAGCUAAUACCCAUUGCCGGCCAAGUCGGGUCGGACUUCAACCGUUACUUACCUCCGCCGGCGCUUUCCGGUGCUGUCAGUUCGCAGACAAAUAGCAGCAGCAGCAGCAGUCCCUCGGGAGUACCCGUACUGAAGAAAUGCGUUGGUGCCCAAACGACGGAGCUACUCGACAAGGAUGUAAUACCGGAGCAGCGCGAGGAGGAGGAAGAUGAGGAGGAAAACGGGGCCGAUCGCGAGGGAGGCAAAUUAAGGCACCUGACCGGACCGCUGGCGGAUAGCCCGGACGAGGGUUAUGUCGGUGACAGCCACGAGACGGCGGAUAUUUGACAUCGGAUGAAGCCUCCGCUGCUGGGGAAAACUAUACUGCACCCUUCCGGCUCGCUGCAGCUAGAAUCGGACGAUGUGCACUUAUAAGAGUGUGACUGAGGAGGACAACAAUGUUAGACGAACGCGUUAGUGAGAGAGUGUACAGAUGUUAAAUGGUGUGAGUAUGUGUGCGUGUUUUUUUUAUAGGAAACAACAAAAAAAUAGUAGAUUUUAAAUCGUUAGAAAGCAGUGGGUUGACUGGAUGUGCUGAAACAAGAGGAAAAACGUGUUCUUAGUUAUUUUACGGUAAUUUGGUCGGGUUUUGAAAGAUGUAGCAAUAGCAAAAAAAAAAAUGAAAA